CGCCCGCGCUGCCACACGCACCCACUCCCGCACACGCCCGCGGUGCCCGCGGCCUCUGCAGGGGAAGGAACUGAUCGAAACUCCAGGUAGAAGAUAAGUUUUGGAAUAAGAAGACACUUGUGUACACUGAAAAGAAAUCACAGAAGGAUUGUUGAGAAGAAUCUAGAGUACAAGUUCUGGUAGGAAAAUGACUCGCCUGUCACGGGAGCAGGAGUUAUGAGCCAUGUCCCAGUGAGACCGGCGGAAUUAAGAGCAAAUGCCUGGAGAAGUCCAGUUGCACAGAGCAGUGCUACGGCUCUUGUGAACUGCGGGUAUCGACGCCUCUCAGACUCGCUUCUCUGGCCCCGAGCACUCUGCCAGUAUUUCCUGCCCCACGAAUGGCUACUCAGAGGAAGCACUUGGUGAAAGAUUUCAAUCCUCAUAUCACCUGCUAUAUCUGUAAAGGCUAUCUCAUCAAGCCAACCACAGUAACCGAGUGCCUCCAUACCUUUUGUAAGACUUGUAUCGUUCAACACUUUGAAGACAGCAAUGACUGUCCCAGAUGUGGCAACCAAGUGCAUGAGACCAAUCCACUAGAAAUGUUAAGGCUGGAUAACACCCUAGAGGAAAUUAUAUUUAAGUUGGUGCCUGGACUUCGAGAACAGGAACUGCAGCGAGAGAUCGAAUUUUGGAAGAAAAACAAACCUCAAGAAAAUGGACAAGAUGAAAGUCCAAAAGCUGAUAGACCCAAAGUAGAUGAGGAGUGUGAUGAAAAUGAAGAAGAUAAAGACUAUCACAGGAGUGACCCACAGAUUGCUAUCUGCCUCGACUGUUUACGCAACAAUGGGCAGUCAGGAGAUAAUGUAGUCAAAGGUUUAAUGAAGAAAUUUAUCCGCUGUUCUACUCGAGUGACUGUGGGAACUAUCAAAAAGUUUCUCAGCUUAAAAUUAAAACUUCCAAGUUCUUAUGAGCUGGAUGUACUAUGCAACGGAGAAAUUAUGGGGAAGGAUCAUACUAUGGAAUUCAUCUAUAUGACAAGAUGGAGACUAAGAGGCGAAAACUUUCGGUGUCAGAACUGCUCAUCUUCGCAAGUCUGCUCACAGGAUGGCACUUUUUAUCAGUCUUACCCUAUGGUACUUCAGUAUCGACCUAGAAUUGACUUCGGUUAGACCAAAGGGCCAGAACCCACUGAGAUGAAUCCUGCACUAUUUGUUUACCCAUCGACAGAUUGCACAAUGAAUGGAUGUGCCUGGAUUGGGGGGACACAGCCAGAUUUUCAGCAUGCAAAUAAGGACAUUGUCUUUCUUAAAAUUGUCAGUUGCAUCUCUGUUGUUUCUAUUAGAGCAAGCCAAGUGCCAUUCUGCUACUGAAAUGUGCAUAAGAUAUUCGUGUAUCUUAAGGGUGUGCUGCAAAUCAUAGCCAAAAUCAUGAAGUGUACAGUCAAGAUUCAAAAACUAUGGAAUAUUUUUGCUUGCGUGUUAGAAAAUUUUUCUGGUCCUAAUAUUGAUUACAUUAGCAAAAUGGCAGAGUGCUCAUUCCAUGUGGUGUUGCAGUUUCACACACUUACUAUUUUACUGAAUAUUGUUGUUUAAAUCAUAGAGUACUGUACAAAUAACUAAGGAUUAUACCUUGACAAUAUUUUAUAUAGAAAAUAUAUUUAGAAAAGUGGUGGUUGGGCCACUACCUUUUUCUUGAUAAGGUUCUCAUGGGUCCAGGUAUAGCUCGCUCAUGAGUGUGCAACAGUCCUUUUACAGUGAAUGAAGAUUAAUUACACUUAACAGGAGAUGUAGAACGUGGUAAUUCAAAAUAGUAAUUUUAAAUCUUCUAAAUAGAUUCUACUAAUAUUGCUUAAAAGCACUGCAGCCUUUGUGAUUGCACUUUUCUAUGGUUUCCCUGAAGAUUGGAAUUUGGGAUACUACCUAUUUUUGGAAAAUGGUUUCUGGUCAGAUUACAUUUCUUCCAAUUAAGCUUCCACAAAAAUGAAGCUAAAAUAAUAUAAAUGUCUAUGGAAAAAAUAAAUUUCACUACAAAAUUACAACCAAGGCAAGAUUUUACAUAAUUAUUACCUCUCAUAAUAAGCAUUUCCUUUUAAGAUUGGAUGGAGGUCUAUAGUAUGUGAAGACAAAAAUAAUAUAUAGCUUUAAUUACAUAUUGUACCUCUUGCAACUAUCUGGAGUUUAGAAUUCAUUACAGAAAUUUUCAUUAGUUAAAGUCACAUCAUAAAACUUCUUCCAUAAAAUUAGAGGUAGUGCAAUACUGAAGAUAAGCAGUCUGACCAAUAUAAUUGUUCAGGUCAUCUUUUUUUUCUAAGACCUGGUAGUGCUGGAUAAAGCGAUUGUUGCCUUAGGGAUUGCAAGCAUAAUGGUUCUAGUAUGGAAUUUUUAUUGGGGUUUUGGGUAAUGUUGCAGGGAGCAUAGCAAUGUGUAUGUUUUCUGUAGUCUUCCAUUGUCUUUGCUUAAUAGUCAGUUGAGUUUUCCUCUUCAAGUUCUCUGGAGAUAUUUAUAGUUCAGUAGCUUUAUGUAAUUUCUACUUAAUAGAUGCCUGCUAGUGUUGUAGAUAGCUAUUUACUUUCUUUAUGCCUUUUGCAUACAGCAAAAAGGAACCAAGUUAAUUUUUCAGAAGCUACUGUAGAGUGAACUGGUCUUAGACAAAGUGAAAAUUCUUUCUUGGGAUCAAGUAUAAAAGAUGGAUGCAAGGCUGUAAAUCCUUUGUAAGUGUAUGUCCAUGUACAUUAGUAUGUUCUGUAGGAGAAAUAAGCAUGUUAUGGAUUAAAUCUGGCCCCUUUAAUGUUGUUAGGAGUUCUAACAUUGAUGACUUGAGGAACAUCAUGCCUAGGGCAGGUUGAAUUCUACCAUUGCACGCCAAAGCCCAUACGACACACAGAAAUAAAGAUGCUGUCGGUAGCAGUCUGUUUAGGAAACCUGCUAUUGCAGGUCAGGUUUGCACAUAUUGUGCAGGUGCCAGUGGGACUGGGAAAGCAAAAUGUUAAGGAAGUUGCUGCCCCUUUCUGCAGGCACAGUGUGCUGGCCGAUACAGGCACAUGUUCGUGGGAAGGGGUGCAUGUCCUGGCUGCAAGGAGCAGUCACCUUUUUGCCCACCCAGUCUGUGAUGUGCUACUUGACAGAAAGAAAAUUUUCCAUGUAGGGAGGGCCCUUCUCUGCAGAGCCUCUAGGGAAAAAUAGAUUCUUUGUGUAUAUUGAGGUUCUCCUCAUGGAGCAGCUUGGAAGAGCAAAGCAUGCAUUCUGAUUGCGAAUCAUUUUUUCUCUUUAGUAUACAUAGUUGUUUUGUACAGUAGAAAUAGGAUAUUAUUUGUAAAUAUUUACAUGCACAUACAAAUGACACCUUACAGUUUUUAUAUAUUUCGUGUGUUUUUAUACCAGAAUUUUCACUGUAGAUUCGGUUGGCAUGGAACACCUGUUUCAGUUUAUCACAAAGGUAAUGGUAGGAUGCUUAAGCAUAAUUUCUGCUUGGUUCAGGGCACAGUUCAGGGCUGAGUUUUUUUCUCAGCAAUUGUGCUUGCUGUUUUGACAAAUUUGAACAGAGUUGUUUUAAAAAGACAGGAAUGCAUCAUUUUUAAUCCAUCCACCUAGCAGGGCCCCUGUAAUAGCACUGUUUUCAUGUUGCCUUUGGAAUGGUUCCUAAUAGAAGCUUUCUUUGACUGUUUGAUAACUUUCUGUAUUCAUAAUUCAGAGAACUGUGAAUUCUCUCAAUCAGAAUUGGACAUUGGUUUAACUCAUGGUAUUUGCUUGAUGUGAGUUAAAACUAGGUUACAGAAGACAAAUCUUCGUUUUAAGCAUGGAAAAUACUGACAGAUCUGAAUCGACGUUCCCAGCUAAGAAUGGUGGCAUUAAAUGCAUAUGAGCUAACCACCUACACUUUAUGCAUUUCUGAUUUGAUGGCACAGUGCCCGAGUGCUGCUACAGUUUAAUAGUUUUUGUAACAGUGAAGUGCCAGUGAAAUACAUAUCUUAACUGGGCAGCUUAUAUAGCACAGGCAUUGCCUUCCUUACAGGAAAUUUUUCUCAUGUAUAGUACAUAUGUGCCAUGUGUCUACAGAUAUGCAUAUUUAAUUCAUUUGUGCCAAUUAAGAGUAUCUGAGCACCAUAGGAAUAUGAGAACGCAUGUGCAGAUUCCUGUGUGCCAAAGAUGGGGUGAAGUGAAAUGAGUACCUAAGCAUUCCCUUCAGACUGCACCAUAUGCCAUCCUAGAGCAGAUGCCUGGAUGGAGUCACACUUUCUGAGCAUUCCAUGACAAAGUGUCACCACUGCAUGCUUGUAAAGCUUAGGAAUAUAAAAUAAGUGUUGCUGCCACUGUGUUUCUAUGGCUUUCCCAUAUCAGAAAUACCUAGCUGCAGAGGGAUAAGACCUAAAAAAUUCUGCACUACUACCUAACCUUGCUGUCUCUUAUUUAGCACAUAUGGUGCUGCUUUGUUUUUCCCUUAAAGUGAAAAGCUCAUUAAUUAGAGUCAUAAGCAACUUUUUGUUCAGCGUAACUGAUUGCUGCGUUUAUCUAGUAACAAGCUGUAAGCUAGAAUUUACAGACAAGAUCUUCUAACAUCUCAAACAAUAUGGAAUUAGAUAAUUAACCAAGAAAUGUAUCUUCCAUCAUGCAUUACUACACUGCUGGUAGCUAAGGGCCUAGUCCUGUAAACCUUUUUUUUUUUCUUUUUAAAUACCAAGUAAGAUUACUACAAUAACUUAAGUGACUCACCACUAUAGUAGGUACUGCUCACUUGAAAGCUUCUGGGAUUUGGGUCCUAGGAGUAUGCAAUGAUGUAAGUAUAUUCUGCAUACUCAGCUAGCUUGCAGUUAUUGUGCAAAAAAAUUAUAAAAGUAUUAUUUUGACUUUAUUGAAAAUGUUAUACAAAACAAAGUGCCUGAUUAUUAAUACUGAAUACCUUUUCAGCACAUUAUUUGCAUUUGACAGGGUAAUAUUUGCUUCUGUAUUUUAUCUAUGGUCGUAAUAUUUUCAGCAAGAAUAUUUCAUAAACAUGCUGUACUGAGAAGCAGGGGAAAACGGCAUAAAAAGAAAUAUGACCUUUUAGAUAACUUAACCCUAUCUCAGUAGAAAUUAUAUGAAAAAAAUACUUUUAUAUUGAAAAUAUUCCGUUUUCUGCAUAAGGGACCCUUUAAUUCUGAAUCUUGGUCUGUUUUCCUCUAUAGGUUCCAGCAAUAUGACUUCACUUUUCUGUUAUUGAAAACAGUUCUAGUGCAUCAGGAGAAAAGAGAUUGAUCCCAUUCCAUUUAGAUAGAAGCUAGGCUCUUGUUCUCUGAUGCAGACAAAGUAAUGGUCCAGAGUUUCAUCUCAUCUGCCCCAUGUAUACCUGUUACACAUGACCUUGUGAGAGACAUGAGCUUUUUUUCUUUCUCUACUGCUUUCAAAAAUAACAAAAUAGGCCAGGGUUUAGUCCUUUAAUUGAAUCAAUUACUGAGCUUUAUUAUUUGUGGGGUUUUUUUACGUUUUCAUGUAACUGAAAACAAGAAGAGGCAUCCGCACCCCAGAAAAAACAUUCUUGAGAGGGCUUGCAACAAAAGGUAUAGCAUCCAGCUCAGCCAGAUACUAUGUCUGGUAGAAAUACUAGAGAACAGGUAGCUGUUCAAAGCCAAUCCUAAAUCUCAAAAUAAACAGACUGAGCCUUGCGUAUAGAGGGGCUACAUAAAAUACUGGGCAAUUACAUGCACUGAUCAAACUUAUUUUUAUCCUGGAAAAGUGCAAAGGCAUUAAGACUUACAUGCCUAUCUAAGAGCUUAGUCCAGUUUCUUCACUUAAUCUGGCAGGUUGAAGGCAUCUCUUUGCUUCCUACAAAAAUGCAUAUAUCAUGCAGCAUAUUCCCCUCUGAUUUUACUUUGUGCUUUGUUAUCUUGUUAUUUUCUCAGUUAAAAUGCCUUAAGCAGGCACUUUCUGUCCUCUUAUUAAUUCUAGGUCAUUACACAUCUUUUGCCCAUUCCCAUACCCCACCCCAUUUCAUACCCAACAGGUUAAAACAUUGAGGAAUUAUGAAGGCGAAAUUGCCCAUGAGGUGUCAGCUCACACGUUUCAUUCAUCAGGCAGCUCUCACGGAUUUCAGCAGAGUUUUCACAGUUCUGCAUUUUGAAUCCUUUUUGAACAAGGUCAUAUCUUCCACAAGGGGUUGAGCUAAAGACACUUGUUUGAGUAAGGAUUGCAGUCUGCCAGAGUAUGCUCCAGGAUGAAUAACAAGACAUGAGGGGAUUGAUUCACCCUAAAGGAAAUGUGAAAAGCUUCCAACUGCACAUUUACCACUGAUUUUGUGACAUAGGGAUUGUCUGACCUUCAGACCUCAGCUGAAACAUCCAUUGUAGGAAUGUCCUCCAGCAGAUGAUCUUGUAAUGUUAAUAUAUUUCUCUUCAUAAGCAGACUUAGUUGUUGAUUGUCUAAUUGCUGUCUGCACUGUUUGUAGAGAAAAUUAAAGCAUUAGAUUCCAGAAUAGGAGUUUGAUUAAUUAAUGAAUUCCUGACAGAUUCUUUCAUCCAAGGUAUGUGCCAUAAAUCUUUUGAAUUCAGGUAGCUUGCUGCUACAGUUGAGUAAGGCCGUGGUUUCAUUCUCUAGUGAGCAGUUUAGGUCUGUUUGGUUCUGGAGUGUGGCAGUGGAACGGAGGAGCUCUGUAGAUGGGUAGAAAUGUCUCGGUUAUCUUUUGCACUUGCAGAAGGAGACCGUGUUUUAUAAGCUCAGAAUAGAGGAGAAUUCUGGAAUGAAAGAUGUCUACAGGUUGAAAGUUUUUGCCAUUACAUUAAUUUUAACCAAAGAGAGGCAUUCGUUUGACUUUGCUUGUUUUUCUGAACCAUUAGGCAUACUUUUCUUUGAAAUUCAUACUAAAACUUCCAUAUGUAUUUUUAGGAAAUACUUCUACCAUGGUUGACAGGAUGAGGUGAAUAGAAGUAGCUACUGUGCAUUUUCCUUUUUUCUUGUGAUAGUGAGUGGAAAGCAAAGUAAGAGUUGAAGGAAGGUUGCUAUUCGAUACACAAAAUCACUGCAACAGUAUAACAUUUUGCUGCUAGUUAACAUACUGAGGUUUUUAUUACAAAUGAAGUUGUAAUGAAGAUGUUUAUUAUCAAAGUGCAAGGCACAUAUUUUAUGAUGGUAUUCUACUCCAAAAAGUCAGUUUUGUAUUGAGUAUGGUAGGUAUUGUUCCUGUUGUCUCCUGAAUUUUGAUGCAGUAAAAUGAAACGUACUCCCUUUUUACUGACAAAUACCACAUACUAAUCAAUUUAAAGUCAGUCUUCAUUGUCAGAUAUUUAGUUUGUUCAGAAAAAACAAGUGGUUUUUCUAAAUAAACUAUUUUUAUGGAUAAUAAGCAGAACUGAACCAUUGGUAGUUGUCUGUGUCACCAAGCUGAAGGGUUAGGCACACCUGGCAGUUUCCAGAACAAAACAGAAAAAACAAAACACAACAGGAAUAGCAUAAAGGUUAACAGACAUAGAGUAGCUCUUUGAGUCCUAGCUCGUGUUCCCAGAGAAAAGCACAAAGGCUUGCAUUACUGAUGUGUCUGCUAUACCUGGCCUGUGAACUAACAAAAAGCUUCAGUGUGCUGUCAAUCCUGUAAACCUUCCAAAGCACAAAAUAGUCACCAAGCUACUUUUAGGGUUUCUACUUGUAGUUCAAUGAUAUUUUGGAGGGUCGAAAGGACAGACUUGGAGGAUAAUGAGAAGAUACUAAGUAUGUUUUACAGAUUUUUUAUAGCUAUUUUUUUAGCAAAUGGCAUUGCUGUCCUUGAUGUGAGACCAUUGAUUAGCAAGAAGUGAUUAGUUUACUUGUGCAGUAUAAAACAGAGAGACUAAAGAAAUCCAAAUAUCUUGAUUUCCAGGAUAGUGAUUAGCUAAACUGGAAAGUAAUAGGUCAAUGUAAUUAUUUAGCUGGCUGAAAGAUUUCGUUCUAAAUACUUACCGAUCGUUUUUUUUUUCUCAAAUACAAGCUUCUUAGCAUAAACAUGAAGCAAUGCAUCAUUUUUUCCCUUAUUGCAGACUUAACUAUUGAAAGAAAAAUAUUUUGCAUUUUUUUAAAUUAAUGCAAAGCCUGAAUUGUUGGAUGUUCCAGGCUACUGAAUAGAUGAUAUAGAGUUACUCUCAAUGGAUUUUUUGGGGGUGGGGGCCUAAGUGUCCUUAUUAUAAGCUGUGAUCCAAGUUAUGAUAAGAAAGGAGCCUAUGGUGAGCAGUAAUAAUGUUCUAAUGCUUCCUUGCAUUUGAUCAGUAGUUACCAGUUUUUAAUAAAGCAGCCCUCACAGUACUUAGGAGCUCAUAGAACAUAUUGUGAUCUUAUGUUGCUAAUUUGUUUUAAAAUAUAAAAUGUUUUAAGCUUUUUGUCAAAAGUGAUAACAUCAUAUUACAAAUAAACCUUUUUGUGGUUGUAAAAUUUAGCUUAUAAAUCAUUCAAAUUGAAGUGAAAAAAAACACAGGUCAUUGUUAAUGACAGUCUAUCCUACUAUUAAGAAUAUAUGUAUUUUUGUAAAGGAAAAGCACUUGUAGAUAUUUAAUCAGUCCAAUAUCUAUCUAUGUUAAUGUUUUGAAAAAAAAAAAAAAAGAAAACAAAAUGCUGCUUAGAGAAUCACUUACAUAUUUUUAUUUUUUGUGCUCAAAUGCAUUUUCUGUUGAUUUAUGGGAUGUUGUUUAUUCUGUGUGAAGCUGUAUAGUUAGUACAGCUGGGCUAAAUGCAUUUCUCACCUUAAUCAACUAUCUGACUAUGAUAAUAUAUUUUGUGUCUGAGCAGAAAGCUAAUUGCAAAACUUAGGCUGGUGGUGCUGUUUUUCAUCUUCGAUAUUAGCUUCAUCCUGCCUUAUAACUUUUCUACUUCGUAAUAGGUAUAAAAAAUGCUACCUGUUUUUUGUGAUGUAUGUGUUUUAAUGGACAUUGCAGGGUAUAUUUGGUUAUUUAGUUGAAUCUUACUGUGCUUACAAACACUUUUAUAAAAAGAUGACACAAUUUUACUUACAGCAUUUAAAAAACAGUCCCCUGGAUGAAAAAGUGUGCAAGAUUAGUUGAGUUUAAUACUUACUUUCCUACAGAGGAAACUACUGCUGGGUACAUGCAUGAAACAUGAUUGCAUCACUAAAGUUUCUGAGAAUUUAACAUUUUUAAAAUUUAGAAUUAUUAAUUUCUUGUAAUAUUUUGUAGCUCUUUGAAAACUCACUUUUAGCUAUAUUUUGAUUUCAUCAUGUUGCUUUAACACAGCUUCAGGGGGAAAAAACAGUAAAGCAAAGAAUUUUAUUAAAGUACAGUAAAGAGUGGCAACCAUAUUUGUUUGUAGUUAUUAGUGUACAAUCCAAAAUCUGUUUACUUAUUUCAGUGGGAUUCUACAGGGAUAUAAUCUGGGGGCUAACGUGUUGCUCAGUUGAGUUGUUCAGCUUGACCUCAGUGGAGCGACUUUCUGCGAUUGUCCUUGUAGCUAAGACUUGAAAUGGCUGUUUUCUUUCAUGGAUGGCUAAUAUUGUUUAAAUUUAUUCCUAUUAUGUUAGCCACACAAGUAAAAAAGUUUUGCAACACUGAGUGUGUACACUAGGAGUAGAAUUCAUUGUUAGGAACUCAGCUGACUAAAUACUUGUAUCCUUUUCAAACUGGGGGAGAAAUUGACUCAGAGUAUGAACAUUUGAAAUGGCAUUCUCCUAUUUGUAUGCAUGCUUCACGAAGGUUUGCAAUUGAUCAGCACUUGAUGUAUUCGUUUUAUUAUAUGAACAUUGUCCAUUUUUAUAAUUUUUGUUAAGAGCUAAUUUCUGUAAUAAUUCAUUAGGGUUGACAUCUCAGGGUCCACGAAGUAGCAGUUGAAAAACUUAAAUCCAUUUGAUCUGAGUGCAAUACAAAUAUUGCAGGCUUGUAUCUUUUGAAGAACCAAAUAUAUUGUGUUUUGAAGUAUUUUAAAAAGCACUGUAAAUUUCACCCAGUUCUACCAAAGGAAGCGGGGGGAGGGUUAGUCUUAGAAGCUGAGUGUGGCCCUGGAAAAAAAAGAUGAGACACCUGUAACUGUCAGUACUAGUGAGCAAUUUUAUAAUUAGGUAAGGGAAGUGCUGGUACUUGGGGUUUUUUUGGCAAAACCCCGAGGUUGUGCCUCUUGAUGUAGAGCAAAGCGUGCCUGUUCAAAGCUGCAUCGACAUUUUUAAGCAAGAUUUAUUUUCAAAAAACAACUCAUGCAAACCCUGUAAAUGGGCCUUUAGAACUUUGUGUGUAAAUUUAUCUGGUAUGUAAUGAUAUUUCUAAUAAUGAACUACCUGUGUGGCUCAGUACUGGUGAUGUUGCAUUGAGUGCUUCAUGCUAAUGUCAAGAAGGUUUACAGCACCUUUGUAAUGGCUGGUAACAAAUGACAAUUUGGCCUGACCCGUAUGCUGCAAGAUGCCUCUAGCCCAGUUGGAUUAAUUUUGUGAAAAAUCUAGAUGAGCAAGAAGUAUAACUAAUCUGCUUACUAGCACUGAAUUGCUCCUUUCUCAAAGCAAUAAAUAUAUUCAUGUUGUAACAUCUGUUGUGCAGCCUACAAUACGAGUUGUUUUGUUGCAUUGUUUCUAUAUAAUUUAUUUUGUGCAAUAAAAAAUCUCUGGUUUUAUCUGA